UCUCGAACGGUGAGAAUUUCUGGGACAACGAGCUCGAGGCGUGGCUAUACGUUUGAGCCGAGCAUAGCAGCCAACCACGGAAGAACUCAAAGGUUAGAACAGCACUUGGUCCCGUAACAUUACCGUACUUUGGAACUCGAACCCCAUCCGACAGAUCACGAUGGCAGACGAGCAAUAUGUAUCAAAAAAGACGGUUGCUACAUCCUAUCGACCACGCAGUUAUACCAUGUCUCCCGGCCUCCAGCGCGCACGCGCACCCUUCCGCUUUCGAAACGCCCUCACUGGCCUCGUCCUCGCAGGCUUCGGCGUCGGCGUAUGGGCGUAUUCCAUUAGCGCUGUGAAACAAGACGAUUUCUCGGACGUUGAUGAGGAGGCGCGGGCGCUAAUGCGUGCGGGGACCACAGUUGUGGAGGACGUCAAGGUUCCCAUGGUGGACGAGGCAAAAGUAGUAGCGACCCAGAUUUCGGGCAGUGUACCUGUGGACUUGGUCACGGCAGCUACUAUGUCGUCGAGACAUCGAGGUGUGCUAGUGCCUAUUCUCGAGAGGCACUUCCCCCGCUUGUUGGACCCAUCACGGAAGACACUCAUUUGGGGUGCGCCUCCGGUAGACAAUAUUGGGAGACUCCGCGAUUCGGUGUAGAGGUUUUGCAGGUCCUUGGAUUUUCAUUUCCCUUCCAGAUAAUGCCC